CCUUGUCAGUAUCACAAAACGUCCAGCUAUAAAAGUCGCCCCCCUAACCUUUAACUAGCAAUCUUCAUCACACUCGCUUCGUCAGCUCCGUUAUUUCUUAUUUCGUCUCAUCUCUUUCCUUUUUCCUCUUCCACAGUCUCAAAUGGCUUACAUCGCCGGUUCAUCGAUCUCCAUGCAACCUCGCCACACCCUGGCCACAACCAGGGUUUCUGGGUUGAAAUUUGUAUCAUUUAUGAACCAUGGAAGAAGCAGCCUCUCUUUUAGGUUGCGUCCAAUGCCAGCUCGCAUGCAGAUUUCCUGUGCUGCUAAACCAGAGACUGUGGAUAAGGUAUGCGAAAUAGUAAGGAAACAACUAGCUAUAUCAAGUGACAAACCAGUUACUGGUGAAUCAAAAUUUUCUGAUCUUGGAGCUGAUUCUCUUGAUACGGUUGAGAUUGUGAUGGGGCUUGAGGAAGAGUUUGGAAUCACCGUGGAAGAGGACAAUGCCCAAAGCAUCACAACUGUUCAGGAUGCAGCAGAUCUUAUUGAGAAACUUUGCAGCGAGAAAGGUGCCUAGAAACAGGGACCCAAGUUGGAGUUUCAUUUGUUAUUUGCCCAUAUUGAUGUCACUUACCAGUCUGCUAUAUCUAGAGUAUUUGCCAAUCUUCUUGUGAACUUGUGUCUAUUUAUUUGUUCAAUCUAGAAGAACCCAUAAAGUUGUUGGGCUUUUUAGUUAAAUUGUGGAUUUAACUUUGUGUUGUAAGUCGAGUAAAUACUAUUUGAUUUGAU